GGAGUUUUGGAUAUAAAUACCGGUUGAACUUUCCGGACAGUUACUUUUAAUAAUUGUAGGGAAAUAUUACCGAACGUAAAAAAACAGAAGUGUUUGAAUUCGAAUUUAAGUGUGAUUUGCUGAUUCGUACAGUUUCUUGAAUAAAUCGACAACAUGCCUGCAGGUUAGUUCUCUUUGUUGUCACUUUGUGUGAGUGUUGUGACGUUUCCACACUACAUUAUUUGAUCUUGUGUGUCCCCCCAGGUCACUUCCAUUGACCAUUACAGUACUGCAAUACAUUUUCGCGUGUGAUAUUUCUCAUAAUUUCUGGUUUCGUUUCUUGUUAAGAGUAAAUAUCUUAGAGAUUUUGUUGUAGCUAUUAAUUAUCCCAUUUAGAAAUUGAAAUAAAUAGAAAAAAGAUAUCUAAUAAUACUUAAUAUUACAAUAAAAUAAAGUGUCUUUUCAUAUGUAUAUUAAUUAUAUCACCCCCCCCCCAAAAAAAAAAAUAUAUAAAAAUAAUAAUAAUUUUUUGUUAAAUGAUUGAUUAAUAAAAACUACCAGUAUAUAAAAAUCACACAAACUUUCUUCUAUACAAAGAUAAAGAGUGAUGCAAGCAAUUAUAAUAAUUUAAUUAGUGCUGAUUUAUUGAGUUUGACAUUUUUACUAAAAAUAAUUCGAUCGUCCAAAAUGAUUGAAAUAAUAUCUCGUUGCGCCGCUGGUUUACUUUUAUAUUUAAAAACAUUGGAAUACAUACGACCUAUUUAUUAAUUUAUGUAAUUGAAAGCAUAUGCACUUAUUUAUUUUACAUUAAGUUAAGUAUGAUAAAGUAGCCUAAAACUAAAAAUAAACCAUGUUACAUAAAAAAAUGUCCUGAUUUGGCCUAAAAUGACUUAAUAAAUUAUCAUCCUUUGUUGUGAUGGUUUAGAUGGAUAGUUGAUAACUUGUUAUACGACUAUUUAUUUUGGGUAGGCCCUACACCCAUGUCAUGUCAUGAAUUUGUUAUUUUAGUAUUCAGAAAUAAUAGGUAAUUCCUCCAUUUAGUCUCGGAAAUAUCGGAACACGGAAACUCGGCAGAACGUGACGUGAUAACAAGCUGGCCAAUCACAAAAUAUUUUCAUCUCAAAUGACCUAUAUUAUGAAUAGCGGGGUCAAAUCUCGUUGUCAUGCUUUGAUCAGCUGAUCAUUCUUUGCUCCCAAUUUUAAACACAUUUUCUGACAUCUCGUUUUCCCUAUGCAUUGUAACAAUUUACAGUACGUGACUACAAGUAAACAAAUUUCCCAUUUCAAUUAAAUUAACAAUGCUAAAUGUAUACAAUUACUAGUAUUGGAACGUUUAUAAUUUAUACAGUACACACAACACAAUUAUUUAAACUUAAACAUUCAUUCAUUAUUAAUUACAAGACUUUUUUUUUAUUAUACAUUGACAUAUUCAUAUUCAAAGUUUAGGUCUAACUAAUUCACUUUCGUUUAUAUUCUGUCUAAUCUUCGUGAUAUAUGAGACUCAACAAUUAAACCGUGUAUUUUUUUAUUUUUUUUAAUUUACAAUCGGCGCGUUUAGUCACUCUUGUACCCUGACCCAUUUACUGUUCCAGAUCCAGUUCAUGGUUAAUAGGGCAACGUUCUGGUUUGACCUAUUUGAACAAACAGGGCACAUAAAUUGACGUAACAAAAGACCCAAUUACCAAUAGUAAAAAAUUUUACGUACUAUGCAGUAUGUCACGCAUUAAUUGUGGAAAGAGAUUAUAAUAUCAAUACAAGUGUCUGCAUAGAAUAUAGAUCGGCAUAGUCUAUGACUAUGGCAUAGAAAUAAUGAAGAGUCCAUGUCUAGAAGUCAAGGGGUUAUAGAUAUGCCGCCCGUUAGUUAGUCAAGUCACUCUGACGCUCAAGUCAGUGGAGUGGCAUUGACAUUGGCAGUGUUGAUUUUUAUUUUUGGACGACGAAACUGAGUUAAAAUCAAAUCCGAAGUAUUCUUAAGUUUGAAGCUAUCCAUACGAUAAAUCAAAUAAAUAGUGGAAUAAGCCUAAACAUUAACUUCUUGUUCCACUAUUUAUUUAAUUUAGGCUACACAAUUUUAUUCAUGAGCCCCCCCCCCCCCCCCAAAAAAAAAAAUUUAAAAAAAAAAAAAAAAAAAAAACCCACAACAAACUAAACUCAAUUAACCUUUAACAGAGAUCAGAAAAGCUAUGCUGGACUAUUGGAAGGAGCACUCAAAAGAAGGUUCAGUGAAAGAGAUGAUGUUAGACACAAAAGCUGAAGAGCUCACCAAAGAGGAGCUACCAGAGAUUCUGUCCUACCUGCCAGAUUUUAGUGGGAAAACAGUUAUUGAACUUGGUGCUGGCAUAGGGUAGGUCUUCUGAUCUUGGGAAUGAUAUAAAAUUAGGAGCAGAGGUGUAACUGAUUGAGUGAACAUUUUAGACGUCUGCAUUUUUUCCAUGUCUAGAAAAGAAAAGGUUUUGGUUUAUACCCCCCCACCACAAAGAAAACAAAAUUACAUGUAAACUACAUAGACAUAUAUGGCAUCCUGCUGUCUUCACCUUCCAUAAUGCUCUUUAUGUUGCAAGGGUUUUUUACCUGUAAAAUGAUUAAAAAGAACCCAAUCCAGCCCCUAAACAAUGGCACUGAUGUUUAAAUAGCUUUCAUCCUUACAACACUGAUUAAAUCUUAUGGACAUGUAGGAUCAGAUCAUUUCAAGUCUGAGUAACCUUCUUAAAUCACAUUUUUGAACCACUAUUUUCCUUGUUUUUCUAUGUUGUCUUCAAAAUAUGACAUAAAAUCUUUCAUUUGUGUCCAUGUGCAGAUACCUGUACCGGCAGCCAUAAUCAAAUACUUGUAUAGUUUCAUCUUUCAGAUACUUUGAAAAAACAACAACAAAACAAUGCAUAGAAGUCUAAUUUAAUUUUUAAAUAAUAAAUAAAAUUCUCACUUAUUAAAAAUAUACAUUAAUCAAAUUUUAUGUCAAAUUUGUUAUCUCGGUUUCAAAUUGUUCACUGCUUAUUGUUAUACAUCUUUGUCCAGGCGUUUUACUGCAGAACUGGCGAAGAAAGCAGAGAAAGUCAUUGCUGUUGAUUUUAUGGAAGACUUUGUAGACAAGAAUAAAAAGGCCAACCAUCACCUAGGAAAUAUUGAGUUCCUUGUGGCAGAUGUGACCAAGAUGGAGAGACCAAAGGACGGGUAAAUAAGUUAUUUUUUUAUUUUAAGAAAAUUAUUUUUAAAAAUAUAUUACUUUGUGUAAUUUCAAUGUGGUCUUAUAAUUGUAAUAUUGUCAGUCUCUUGACAAGAGAUUGUAGGUUUAAAAUUCUUCGCGCAAAAAUAUUUGCAGUCAUUUUUUUUCAGCUAGAAUUUGACAGAAGUAAAAUAUGUAAUGUAAUAAAAAUAAUUAAAUAUCUAAUCACAUACAAAUUUUAUGUAAAAAUUAUUUUCUGAUGUCAGAUUUAAUUGGAUAAUGUUUUUCAAAACUGUCCUGAAUAAUUAUGUAGACAAACGUGAAUAAUUGAUAACAUUUUUCUAACCCUUCAGACUAUAAAUGCACAAAUACAUUUUGAAUUCCUGCGCAGUUAAAAAAAGAAAAAAAGAAAAAAGCUGUGUCAUAUUUGUCUGUUCAAAAAAGUGUCAAAUUAUCUAUUUCAGUGUGGAUAUGAUCUUCUCAAACUGGCUUCUGAUGUACCUAGAGGAUAAAGAAGUACAGGACUUGUUUGGAAAGCUCCUGACAUGGUUACAACCAGGCGGUUAUCUCUUCAUCAGAGAAUCCUGCAGACAUCAAUCUGGUUAGUGUUAUAUUACAUGUUCAGUCAGUUCUUAAAUCUGAGACUUAACUUGAUUGUGUAACUCUAAACCGAUACUGGAAACUGAAAAAAGUAUUUUGUCUACUAAAACUGGUCACUGUAUCAAUAUCCAAGACUAGAUACAACAGCUUUUUCAGAAUAAUGUAUACUUCAAAAAUGAAUUUUAAUGCUUUAAUACUAAAACUAAAACCAUGCAAAAUUGAUAAAUCUUUCAUACAAUUUUCCUUCUUUCCAGGAGAUAAAGAUAGGGGCAACAAUCCCACCCAGUACAGGAACCCAGAGUUGUAUGAAGCCUAUUAUUCAUCCGUCAUGAUUCCAUGCGAUGAUCAAAACUUUUAUGGCUUUGAUCUUGUGGUGUCUAAGUCUGUACACACAUACAUCAAGGUAACCUCUUUAACAUUUUGGUAUAUACAAAAUACCUUUUAUUGUAAUACCGUGUUUAAAAAUUAAAAGCAUCACUCAAAUUAUGAAAUACAGCUGAAACUGGCAUAUUUUUGUUACAACGGAUUAAGUUGUAUCAUAUCUUCAUUUAUUCACAGAUUAAGGUAAGACAUUGUCCUCUAAUAAUUUGUCUCAAUACUUGUCUUCUGGCUCAUCAAUUAAAAUUAUCUGGGGUUUUUUUACAGAGGAAAAACAACAACAAUCAAAUGUUGUGGCUGUUACAGAAAGUAAAGAAAGACAACUCUCAGAACCAUGGCUUCAAAAGUUUCAGAGAGUUCCUUGACAAACAACAAUAUUCUACCAGAGGCAUCUUGCUGUAUGAGAAAAUAUAUGGCCGAGCCUUUGUCAGUACUGGUGGACUUGAAACAACAAAGGUGAAAUGGAUAUGAUGGAUACAUAUGGAAAUAAAAUAUAUGGCUAUGGUGUUAAAGUUUUAAAAAAUAAAAUUGUUUGGUUGAGAACAUUAAGAUGAAAUGCGUACUUCACAGACAUUACAUUUAACUAACGAUCUAAGAGAAAUAACAUAAACCACCUAAUCUAAUCAACAAAGAGAGAAAGCAAUUAUUUUAAAAAAAACAAUGCAUUUUUUUUUUUUUUUUUUUUUUUUUUUUACUGAUUUCAAAUAUGAUUUUCAAACAAAGUCUCUAACAGCUAUUAACCUGCUGAUACAUUUUUUAUGUGAAUAAAUGUUUAUCCAGUUAUUUUAUUUCCUAUAAAAAAAAAAAAUCAAGUUAUGAACGCUGUUAAAAUAACAUACUUCCUUUCAGGAAUUUGUAAAAAUGCUGGAUCUCCAGGAGGGUCAAAAAGUGUUGGAUGUUGGUGGUGGUAUUGGUGGUAGUGCAUUCCAUAUGUCAAAGGUAAGGUAACAAAAUUAUUAGGAAAAAACAUCUCUACGUCUACUUUCGUACAACUUUGAUUUUAACAAAUUUUUAUAAAGUCAACAACCAACAGUUGAUAUCCUUGAAACUCAAAAAAAUAGUUUUAAGUAGUGAAUACUGAAAUUUUUAAUGGCGAAUAAUUUCAGUAUCUAAAACGCAUAUUUUCAAUCAAGUUACUGAAUUCAUAAAAUAAAUUCAGUGUUGGUGCUAUAAUUUUAAAAAAAUAAUAAUAAUUUGUUUAAAUUUCAAACAUUUUUUUCCCCCACUAGAACUAUGGAGUGAAGGUCACAAUUAUAGAUUUAUCAUCCAACAUGACCCACAUUGGAUUAGACAGAGCCCAGGAAGUCGGCUGCAACCCAGAUCAGGUGGUUUUUGAAGUGGCUGAUGCAACAAAGAGGGAAUACCCGGCUGAAUCAUUUGAUGUUAUCUACAGCCGUGAUGUCAUUCUCCACAUCUCAGACAAGCUGGCACUAUUCAAAAAAUUCUUUGUAAGAAGCAUUAUGAAAAACAAAAGAUCUAACUUCUUUUUAUCUUUUAAAUGUGAAGAAUAUUGAAAAUUAGUUCUUAAAAGAGGGGUUUGGGUGAGGGACUUUAUCAAAUCAAAAGCUAAAAAAAAAUGCAUUUUAUCUUUUAUCCCAGAAAUUCUUGAAGCCAGGUGGCAAAGUUCUCAUCUCAGAUUACUGUUGCAGUCCAGAUAAUCACUCUGAAAACUUCAAGACUUAUGUAAAACAAAGAGGCUACAAUCUACUGUCUCCUGCAGCAUAUGGGAAAGUAAGGGCACAAUAAAACGUUUGAAGAAACUUAUAGGCUACUCUUAACAUACCUACUGAUACAAAUUUUAAAGCAAUAUUUGAUCUUUUUUUUUUAAAGUCAACAAAGUUUUUAAAAUGUUUUUUACUUGAAAGGUUAUUUUUAUAUUAUAGAAAUAUCUUAAAAUCUCCCUAUGGAACUCAAAUUCCAAUUCACUAUUAUGUUUUAGAUAGUUUAGUAUUGAAAUUUAAAUUUUUCAAGAAAUUUUACUUUUAUCAUUUUUACCCCCUCAGGUGUUGGAAGCAGCUGGUUUUGUUAAUGUGAGAGCAGAGGACAGGACACAGCAAUUUGCUGAUAUACUUAGAACUGAGAUUGAAAGGACUGAGAGAAUAAAGGAUGAGUUUAUACAGGUAUUAGAAAUGAUAUUGAAAGGAUUGAGAGAAUAAAGGAUGAGUUUAUACAGGUAUUAGAACUGAUAUUGAAAGGAUUGAGAGAAUAAAGGAUGAGUUUAUACUGGUAUAUUUUUUUACAAUAUAUGUUUAAGCGUUUAGUUUUUUUUCUAUAACAGUUUUUGAAAGUUUAGAAUAGAUGGAAUUAAUCAUUAUAUUUCUUUAUUAGUAAUACAACACAACUACAUCUUUUAUUUAUGUAACAUAAUUCAUUAAAUUAUAGUCUAAUUAUAAUACUUCAUUUUGUUUAAAUUUUCAAUAUUAUUUGAGAGUGACUAAAUUACUUAAUGAUAAAGUUUAUAAAGCCCACUUUCUCCUAUAUUAAUUCAAAUAUUUCAUUUAUGGAAAAUAAUCUAAGUACAGGAAUUUCUUUCUUUUAUAAAUUUAUAGCAGUCAUUCAAAAAUCUAUUAAAUUGAUGUUAAUUUCAUUUUUUAAAUACACUUUUAAAAAGGAAUUUGAUGAAACUGGAUACAAAAUCAUUGUGGAUGGAUGGAAAGAAAAACAAGGACGUGUUGAUCUAGGAGACCAGCGAUGGGGACUCUUCUAUGCUGAGAAACCAACUAAAGUUUAAUUAGAUUUGAACUAGGUUAACAAAUACUAAUGGCAUUUACUUUUUAAAAAACUUGUUCAACUGUUGAUAGAUCAAUUUGAAUUUUCCCUUUAAAAUAGUUGAUUUACUUAAUUUUGCAAAUAUAUCAUUGAAACUGAAACUUGAAAGGGCUUAUGAGGAUGCUAACAUUUCAUUGAUUAAAGAAUCUGAUCUCAUCAAACAUUAAUUUGUUUUUCUGCAGGUGGAAG